GCUAAAUAAACAAAUAUUGUCCAUGUCUCCUUUGCGCCUAUUUCUGGUGGUUUUGUCCUGCAUCGUCCUUUCUCAAGGACAACUGCAGUACGAUUAUGCCUCCGUCAUCUCAAAGUCGCUCCUCUUUUACGAGGCGCAGAGGACGGGGCGACUUCCAGCAGACAACCGGAUCCCGUGGCGAGGCGAUUCCUUCCUGGAUGACAAAGGAUUGAGCGGCGAAGACCUGUCGGGUGGAUACUUUGAUGCGGGUGACUUUGUCAAGUUUGGGUUUCCACUGGCAUCCGCAAUGUCCAUGCUGGCUUGGGGGAUGGUGGACUCGGUGGAAGGGUACAAAAAGGCUGGUGAAUGGGAAAAUGCGUUGGCCUCUCUCAAAUGGGGGAUGGAUUAUAUGAUCAAGAACCAUCCCUCCCCAAACGUGCUCUACGUUCAAGUCGGGAAUGGAGAAAUUGACCACAACUACUGGGGUCGACCCGAAGACUGGACGACUUCUAACGGACCUCGACCCGUCCUCCAGGCCAACUCUAGCAAACCAGCGUCGGAGGUGGCUGGUGAGCAAAGCGCUGCAAUGGCUGCAGCUUCCAUUGCCUUUCGACAGAACGGAAACACGUCGUAUGCUGACACCCUGCUGCAACAUGCCCGAGAAUUGUACACCUUUGCGACAACGUACCGUGGCCACUACAACGAGAGCUUCCCCGAAGUGAAGGAGUUUUACGACUCGUAUUCCGGCUAUGGGGACGAGUUGGCUUGGUCAGCGUCCUGGCUGUACAGGGCGACGGGUGAGGCGGGGUACAAGGCGGACUACGAGCAGUGGUGGUCAGACUUUGGGCUGAGCGGACGUCCAAGCGAGGCGAGCUGGGACUGGAAGCAGGCUCAUGUUCAAGUCCUCCUCGCCAGCGUCGACGGAGCGGCACGAUACCGAACGGCGGCCGAGAGCUUUUGCAACUGGGUGGUCAACACUGCCCCCAAAACUCCCAAAGGCCUCGUCUUCAUCAGCAUGUGGGGCUCCCUGCGCCACGCCUCCAACGUCGUCUUCCUCUGCCUCCAAGCCGCCAAUGCAGGAAUCAAUCAGCAAGUUUAUCGAGACUUUGGCAAACAGCAGAUCGACUACAUGUUGGGAAACAGUGGGCGCAGUUUCGUCAUAGGUUUCGGAACCAACCCCCCACAACGCCCCCACCACGCAUCAUCGUCAUGCCGUGAUCGUCCCGCACCUUGCGAUUGGGCCGACUUUUCGAAACCUGAGCCCAACCCGCAAGUGUUGCAUGGAGCUCUGGUCGGCGGUCCAGAUCAGAAUGACAACUACGUGGACGACCGGGAGGACUACGUGGCAAAUGAGGUCACGCUCGACUACAAUGCAGGAUUUCAGGGAGCAGUGUCAGAAAUGUGCAACAUCUACUGUCGCACGUAGAAAUGAACGACGGAGAAAAAAAUACAUGUAGAAUAGAACCAUUUACUUACAAAUCGCAAUGUUUGGUUGAAUUGGCAAAAUGAUGAAAACUUGGCAAAAAAAACAAGACUUCAAUAAUGUGGGAAGAAAAGAGUUAAAUGACAAGACCAUAAAAUUUAAUGAGUGCCACAUUAAAUUUUAACUCGAUUCACUUUGUGCCAAGGUACAAAAUAAAUUGAUUUUCUCGAAAAA